AUGAAUCAAGAGUUGAACAAACUUAGUACUCAAGUAGCUAAAACCCUAAAGUUAGUGGAUGAUAAAGUUAUUAAAAAUAACAAAUUAGAUUGGGAACAAAUUAAACGUACACCACAAAUAUUAAAAAGAAAAAUAAAUUUAUCUGAUAAUUCAUUUACAAUAGAUGAAGAAUUUAAUUCAUUACAAUACAAAUUCAAAAUUCAAGAAGAUUCAAUUAAGAAGCUAAUUUAUAAUUUAAAAGAAAUGAAUAAUUCAAUGCUUGAUGUUUUAAAAAAUUCCAUAGUAAUUGCUGAUAAUUAUAGAAAUUUAAUUGAUCCAUAUUGUGAUUUUCAUAAAACUUUUAAAACUUUUAUUGAAAGAGAUUUAAUAUGGAAUAAAAUAUCAAAUUAUAAAACCGCCGUACAAAAAAUUGAUUUUUCAAAAGAAAUUAAUGAAUUUGUUCAUUAUAAUGUUAAAAAAUUAGAAAUUGUAUUAGAUUCAUUCAAGAUCAUUUACAAAAAAAUACAAAAACGAAAUAAUGAAUUAAUUGAUUUUGAUAAAUUUUGUAAUAAUUAUGAAUCAUUAUUAUUUAAACAAAAAAAUAAUGAAUUAACAAUUAAACAAAAUAAUAACUUGUUUUCAAUAAAAAGAAAAAUGGAUGAUUGUAAAAAUAAGUAUGAUUUAGUGAAUAAAAAAUUAAAAUUACAAUUACCUCAAUUUUUUAAAUUAGUUCAACAAUUGAUUGAUUUUAUACAAAUUGAUGUAUAUUAUUUAAAUUUAAGAUAUAUGUAUAUGAUUCUUACUAAUUUGAAAGAUCAUAUUACAAAUGAAAAUUUUGAGGAGUUCAUCAAUAUGCUUGAAGAAAAAAAUGCUAAUUUUUUUAAGGAAAUUGAACAAUUUGGUAUAAUCGAUUAUGAAAAGUUUGAACCAAUUAAUAUGAAUGAAAUUACUUCGGUAUAA